GCUCCCUCACUGCUAGUGUCACUGUAUACAUCAACGUGCCUUACUCACGGCUCCUUAGGACAUCAACAUGAGGAGGUACGAUGGAUCGCACGGGUUGGGCCAGAUGACGUCCUUUAAGACUGCAGCCUCAUUGUGGCUUAUCAUGAUCUGCUUGGUGGCUGCUGAGAGAGACACUGUCCUGCUACAGCCAGACUCAUCGAAGGAGACGAGUCGACAGUUGCCAGUGACCAAGCGAUCGCUUGAACCCACUGUGUCCAGUGAUGAUCCUGUCAACUUCACGUAUCGUGCCGGCUCCAUUGCAAUAUUUGACUGUGUUAUGAACGUGCUUCCACAUAACAUUGUAUCCUGGGUGUACCGGAGUCCGCAGUCAGACCAAUCCAAAACUCGUACACUAACAUUCAAAAAAUUAUCUUUGAGUCAUGACAGCAGAAUUACCUUGAGCUUCCAGCAUCCAAACAACUUCCGUCUGAGGAUUGCCUCUGUCACCCACAGAGACGAAGGCCUCUACCAAUGUAUGGUGUCCAAUACUGAAGUAUUCAUUAAGACAAAACAGAUUUUUCUUAAAGUAACUGGUCAACCGAAACGAAGGAUAUGUGAGACGGAAGCGUGUAAGGAAACUGCGGCGAGAAUCCUGAGCUAUAUGGAUCCUUCUGUCAGGCCCUGUGAUGACUUCUACAAAUUUGCUUGCGGGAAAUUUAUAAAAUCUGCAGAAAUACGUGAUACUCAGGUUGAUAACUCUUCAUUUACGCAAGUUCAAAUUAUAUUGGACGAUCAGUUAACAAGUUUACUUUCCGAAGAGUCAAGACCAGACGAACCUAUCCCAUAUCGGACAAUGAAACAUCUGUAUUCUCUUUGUAUGGAUGAAGAAAAGAUAAAUGCCAGAGGCGUGGACCACGCUAUCUCCAGACUGAAGGAUGCUGGAGGUUGGCCAGUUCUGGGCAACUGGAACAAGUUCAGUUGGAACUUACUGGAAACCGAAAUUCGAUUGAUAAACCUUACUAUUGGGGGUUACAGUCUCUUCAAAGUAAGCAUUGGUGCACAUCCUAAGAACACCAGUAGAAUGGUCAUAACGGUAGUCCAAGUAUAUUUAGAUCAGCCUCGAUGGGCUUUAGUCGAGGGAGUAGGGCACCCCGUAGUGGAAUCUUACUACUGGUAUAUGGUGUACAUAGCAGUGAUGUACGGGGCAGAUAGGCAAUUAGCAGAAAUUCAACUCUACGAGAGCUUGCUGUUCGAGAUUGAGCUGGCAAGGAUAACAGAGUCGGAUGAAGAGAACCGUGACAUUGACCGCUUUUAUAACCCAUACAGACUGGAGGAUCUGAUGUCGGAGUUUGGAUGGAUCAACUGGAAAGUACUUAUAGAAGACACGCUACAUACGUCUGUCAGGAAGGACGAUAUGAUUUUCGUCAGGGAACUUGAGUUCCUUAAAAAGCUUGAAGUGCUCUUAAAAAAGACUUCUCAUGAAGUCCUAGCCAACUACAUGAUGUGGAAAGCAGCCAGUAAUAUGGUGAUUAGACUGACCAGUGAGAUGUUAGAUAUAAGGAUGAAACAUCUGGCUUACAAAGUACAAUGCCCGAACUCGGAUGUACCCCGAUGGAUGUUCUGUAUGGGAAUCGUCACCUCCAGUCCGCUUUCAGCAGCUCUCUCUUCACUCUAUGUCAAAAGAUACUUCAAUGACACUACUAAAACUGCAGCUCUGAAUAUAACCAAAAUGAUAUUUGAAGAGAUGUCCCGUAGGAUUCAAGAAUUAGACUGGAUGGAAGCAGGAACAAGACAACAAGCCGAGUACAAGUUAUCUCGAAUGGGUCAACAUAUUGGAUAUCCUGAUGAGUUUAUGAAUAAAAACAGUAUUGAAGACUUCUACAAAGGUCUCAAAAUCAAUAAAAACAAUUUUUUUGAGGCAAUGGGCGAUCUGACUAGUUGGUUCAACAACUACAAAUUCUCCAAACUACGAAAGGAAGUUAACAGGACGGAUUGGAGGUCCCAUGGAAAUGUGAUUGAGGUCAACGCCUUCUAUAGUGGCGAAGAGAAUUCAAUGAUAAUCCCUGCUGGAAUUCUCCAACAGCCGUUUAUCAGCACCCAUGUACCACAGUAUGUGAAUUACGCCAGGAUAGGGUCGAUCAUCGGUCACGAAAUCACUCAUGGUUUUGAUGAUCAGGGGGCUCAAUUUGACUUCCAAGGAAACUUUAUUGAUUGGUGGGAUAAGAAGAGCAAGGAAAAUUUCGUGAAGAAAAUUCAAUGCAUUAUAAAUCAACAUAAUAGAUUGGGGAUCAACGGCAUUUUGACACAGGGAGAAAACUUAGCAAAUAUUAAUGGAUUCAAACUAGCUUACCGUGCGUACAAGCGAAUAGCAGAUGAGUUAAUCGAACCGGAAUCAGCGUUGCCUUACUUGGAACAUUACGAUAGUGACCAGAUGUUCAUGAUCAGUAUGGCCAAUGUUUGGUGCAAGCGUGACCGAGUCAGCAUGAGACAAACAGGUGAACAUCCUUCAGAGGAGAUUCGAAUCAACGGAGUUCUGAUGAACUUUCCGGAGUUUAGUAAGGCGUUUCAGUGUGGACCAGGAGAUCCUAUGAAUCCGGAGGAGAAGUGUGAUGUUUGGUGAUACCGUUUAAAUAUUAUAUUUAAUCUUGUACAAAUAAUAUACGUACACGUUAUUGAUGGUUAAGUAUUUAUUUAGACAGCGAAAUAGUUUGAUAAAUUUGCUCUAAUAUGCUUUGCACUAACAACAUUUAUUGUAUUCGUAUUACACUGAGGAAAAAACUACCGAUAGAAAAUUUAUUUUAGAAGAAAUACCUGUCUAAUUACAGUGAUGAGGUAGAAUAUAUUUUAUCAUUCAUUACACCUAUAUUAUUUUGGUAUUUCCAACAUAUGUGAACUAUUUAUUUGUUUCCUAUUUUACUGGAUUUAAAAUGUGCAAAUCCUAUUUUAGUAAUGGUUAUUCUUCAUGUAAUAUUACCUGACGUGUUGUCAGGAACCCACUGAUAAAAUUUAUU